GGGAUGCAAAAAGGGAUUUCACAGCUUUAAGGAAUUGAAAGGGAUUCACAAUCAGAGAGCUUUCCACAUAAGGCACAAUUCUUGCUGAGUGGAUUCACAAGGCUACAAAACACUUGUCCAGGUCUAUCUGAGAAAUGAACAUUUCUGGAGGAGCUGUAAAUGUCCCAACUAACGUGACUGGCGGCCCUGCGACUCCAAGGAAAGGACCACCUAAAUUUAAGCAGAGGCAGACACGGCAGUUCAAAAGCAAACCCCCAAAGAAAGGAGUCAAAGGAUUUGGGGAUGACAUUCCUGGAAUGGAAGGCCUGGGCACAGAUAUCACUGUGAUUUGUCCAUGGGAGGCGUUUAGUCAUUUGGAACUGCAUGAAUUGGCCCAGUUUGGUAUUAUCUGACCAUGAAAUUGCAGCUGUCUGUCUGUAAAUUUCGUUACCAACCCAUAGUCCUUCUAGGUUUCAUCACACACGCAGACACGUUGGCUGACACUUCAGCUCUGAAUGCCAAGCACAGCCAAAGUAUUUGACUGAAGCAAAUAAAAUGAUGGAGUCAAGCCAAGGAGGGUACAGUAGAGUGCAAUUAUAGCAUCAUACUAAAUACACUUUUCUACCUGCAUCCAUUUCUGCAGUUACUAGUGCAGAUUUGGCACCCCCAUUAGCUCCUUAUGACUUUGAUGGUCUCGUAGUGAUUGCCUCUUUUCUUGAAGUUGUAACGUUUUAUCUGCUGAAUGUUUGUCUGUUCCAAACACAGUAAGUUACUAGUAGCUCACUGUACUGUCACCACACAAUCACAGAAUGUGCCUGUUCAAAUGCUGCUGCUGUCCUUCCUGGCGUAGUGAAAAUCUUAAUUUCAUUCUGUAAUUUAUGCACUCAUUUUAUUAAAAGAUUCUUUCUGUU